AUGAUGAUAAUCCAGGCAUUCUUCAUGAAAGCGUUGGCAACUUCGCUGAAGAGGCAGACCCAUUUCUGUACAUUGAAAACCCGCUUCAACUUUCCACCGCGCACAAGCUUCUGUGUCUCAAAUCAUGCCCUGGCCCAAAGGAGCGAGGACGACCCUGAUGUCCACCACUUGUUUGAUGAAAGUCCCGAGGGGGCACGCUGCAGCAAUCGCUUGCUCUUUGAGCGCUCUCGCAAUAAUAGACACUCCGAGGUUCUGAGCCUCUUCAUGGGUGUUCAUCGUUCUGGUCUUCCUGUUGAUGGAUCGACCAUUUCUUGCGUGCUCAAAGCUUGUGCAUACUCGCUUGAUCAAAAUUUUGGUGUUCAGAUUCAUGGCCAUUGUACCAAGUGCGGAUUUUUGAACGAUGUGAGCGUUGGUACUUCCAUGGUUGAUAUGUACUUCAAGAAUGGGAGCGUGGAGAGAGGGAGGAGAUUGUUCGAUCAAAUGGGGGAAAGAAACGUUGUUUCAUGGACAUCUUUGCUCACCGGUUAUGCGCAGAAUGGUUUGGAUGCUGAGGUGCUGCAAUUGUUCGUUCGAAUGCAAUCAGAAGGGGUUCAACCUGGACCUUUUACUUUUGCCACGGUUAUUGGGUCACUAUCCGGUGAAAGAAUGGUUGAGAAGGGACUCCAACUUCAGGCUGCAGCAAUAAAGAACGGGUUUCAAACAGCUACACCAGUUUGCAAUUCUUUGGUCAGCAUCUACUCAAAAUCUGGAAGGAUUAGGGAAGCGAAAGCAGUAUUUGAUCGUUUAUCUGAUAGGACUGCAGUUAGUUGGAAUAGUAUGGUUGCUGGUUAUGCAACCAAUGGACUGCAUUCCGAAGCACUCGAGAUAUUUCACCACAUGAGACUUGUUAAUGCCAAGCCAAGCAACAUGACUUUUGCUGCUGUAAUCAAGCUCUGCACCAGUAUUAAAGAACUGGGCUUUCAACAGCAGCUACAUUGCUUGGUACUGAAAACUGGGUUUGAAUUCGACCAGCAUAUCAGGAUAGCCCUCAUGGUUGGUUAUAGCAAGUGCAAGGUAAUGGAUGAUGCUUUUGAGAUAUUCUCAGCUUUGGGUGAAGAAGCUCGGAAUGUGGUGGCAUGGACUGCUAUGAUCAGUGGCUACCUGCAAAAUGGAAAGGCAAAGAGAGCUGUGGAGCUUUUCCUUCAAAUGAACAGGGAAAGUGUUAAGCCGAAUGAGUUUACGUAUUCCACAAUCCUCUCAGCUUCGCCGAUGGUUUCUCCUCAUCAAGUUCACGCACAAGCUAUCAAAGCGAACUCUGAGAAGUCUCCCACAGUUGGAACUGCACUCUUGGACACCUAUGUGAAAUUAGGAGAAGUUGACGAAGGUUCAAAGGUUUUCGACAGGAUAGAGAAGAAGGAUAUUGUCGCAUGGUCAGCCAUGGUAGCUGGAUAUGCUCUGAAAAGAGAUACAGAGGCUGCUGUCAAGACGUUUGUUGAGAUGGCGGAACAUGGUAUCAAGCCUAACGAGUAUACCUUCUCCAGCGUCAUAAAUGCGUGUGCUUCUUCAAUGGCGCCAGUACAGCAGGGGAAACAGCUUCACGCCUGGUCAAUAAAGUCAACAUUCAACAAUGCUUUCUGUGUGAGCAGUGCUCUUGUCACCAUGUACGCCAAAACUGGCGACAUUCUGAGUGCUAACGAAGUUUUCAGAAGACAGCAGGACAGAGAUUUGGUGUCGUGGAAUUCAAUGAUCUCAGGUUAUGCACAACACGGCCAUGUGAACAAUGCUCUCCAGGUGUUUGACGAAAUGCGGAGACAAAACAUGGAGAUGGAUGGUGUGACUUUCAUUGGUGUCAUUUCUGCCUGCGUGCAUGCUGGACUAGUGGAGGAAGGUCAAAGGUACUUCGACAUGAUGGUUAGAGAUCACUGUGUUGAGCCGACGAUGGAGCAUUAUUCUUGCUUGGUUGAUCUCUAUGGCCGAGCUGGAAAGCUUGCGAAGGCCAUGGAUAUCAUCAAUGGAAUGCCAUUUCCACCUAGUGCAACCGUAUGGCGAACCCUACUGGGUGCUUCCCGUGUGCACCGCAAUCUAGAGCUCGGAUCACUUGCAGCCGAAAAGCUGAUCUCUUUGCAGCCACAAGACUCUGCAGCUUAUGUCCUGCUGUCGAACAUGCAUGCAAUGGCGGGGAACUGGAAGGAGAGAGCCAGAGUGAGGAGUUUGAUGGAUGGGAGAAAGGUGAAGAAGGAAGCUGGGUACAGUUGGAUCGAGGUGAAGAACAAGACUUACUCAUUUUUGGCGGCUGAUUCGUCUCAUCCAAUGUCCAACGAGAUAUAUGAGAAGCUUGAGGAGCUGCGGAUGAGGUUGAAAGAUGCUGGGUAUCAGGCUGAUACUGAUCAUGUGCUGCUUGAUGUUGAUGAAGAACACAAAGAGGCCAUUCUUUCUCAGCACAGUGAGAGGCUGGCGAUUGCUUUUGGGUUGAUUGCUACGCCACCAGGUACUCCAUUGCGGGUCAUGAAGAAUCUCAGAGUCUGUGGAGACUGUCAUGUUGUGAUUAAGUUGAUCUCCAAGAUAGAAGGGAGGUACAUUGUUGUUAGGGAUACGAAUCGGUUUCAUCAUUUUAAGGAUGGGUCGUGCUCUUGUGGAGAUUAUUGGUGA